ACAAUCUGUACAAAAUCUCACCACUCUGCAUCAUUCUCUUUCUCUCUCUUUGGUUGUCCAUCACCUUCUUCCCUCUUCCAUUUCUCAUUCAAAGUAUGAAAGGAAGUGAAGUCAUGGCAGCCGGAGAGCAAGACUCGGAAGAGUGACACCCCUUGUCGCGUUUAAUGCCACUUUCCCCACUGCAAAGACGUACGUACACCUCUCCCGAGUCCUUAAAGCCACACCACCGCCCCCUCCACGACUCAUUCAAUCCCCCCAACAGAGUAUGGCUCCCACUUGUUCCUCUGCACUGGCGUCCAUCGCCGUGCUUCUUUGCUACUGGUACGGCCGCUGCUGUCAAGGAAAGGCCGCGGUCUCGGCGGUGUAUGUCUUCGGCGACUCCCUCGCCGACGUCGGCAACAACAACCACUUGGAGCUGUCCCUUCUGAAGGCCGACUUCCCGCACAACGGCGUCGACUUCCCCGGCCACAAGGCCACCGGGCGGUUCAGCAACGGCAAGAACUCCGCCGAUUUCCUCGCUGAGAGUCUGGGAUUGCCGACCUCUCCUCCGUACCUUGAUAUCACUUCGAGCUCUAACAACACCGAUGUGUUCCUCGGCGGUGUCAACUUCGCCUCGGGUGGUGGUGGAGUCCUGGAUUCUACCAACAAAGACCAAUGCAUCUCAUUCAACAAGCAAAUCGACUACUAUUCCUCAGUAUACACGGCCUUAGUUCAGCAGCUAGGCAGUGCCCAAGCACAAGCUCAUCUCUCCACCUCCAUCUUUGCCUUCGUCAUCGGAAGCAACGACAUACUCAACUACGUCAAGUCCGGCUCCGCCAACAAGCUCAAGAACCCUCCACAGCAGUUCGUUGAUUCGCUAAUCUCAUCGCUGCGAGGACAACUAAAGAGGAUGUACAAUCUCGGUGCACGCAAGUUUGUGUUCAUCGGCACGGGACCGAUCGGUUGCUGCCCAGCACAAAGGCAUCAGAACAAGACCAAGGAGUGCAGUGUGGAAGCCAAUUACCUCUCGGUUCAGUACAACAAGGGUGCUUCUUCCCUGCUGCAGGAAAUGUCAGCAGAACUCAGCGAUAUGAGCUACUCCUUUUUCGACACCAACACCGCACUGCUCGAGUCCAUCAACAAUCCAGAUGCUCAUGGAUUUGUCGAAGUGAAGGCUGCCUGCUGUGGGCUGGGUGAUCUGAAUGCUAAGAUCGCUUGCCUUCCAAUCUCAAGCUACUGCUCCAACAGGAAGGACCAUAUCUUCUGGGAUUUUUACCACCCAACAGAGGCCACUGCUGGGAUGCUAACAAGCACUGCUUUUGAUGGAUCGGUGCCCUAUGUGUAUCCUAUGAACAUAAGACAGCUUGUCGCCAUCUGAGCUAAGGGUUUGUUUCCUAGUGUUAAGACUGUGGAGCCUCAAGUACAUGGAGGCAAUGUACGAAGAGCAAACUUACAGUAUACUUCCUUCUUUGAAUAC